AUUAGGGUUUCGAAGUAGAAGCCUAACCGACAAAAGCCUGUAUGGUUUCAGUCGGUUCUCCUUCUCCAUCGGUCGCUCGUUAGUACAAUAAAAAAUUCAUCAUACAAUGGGCUAGGGUUCGGUUCUUCGAGUCAUAUCGUCUGCAAGUACUCUGUCUAAAAAUGGUUAAGAGAGAGAAGAAGCAAAAGCCAUCGAAUUUCGAUCGCGAAGAGGAAGAAGACGACGAAGAACAAGUGAAGCCAUCGAAUUCGCUGGUCGUGCUGAGCAGCGACGACGAAGAGGCCAAUGAAGAUCUGAGCUUGAAAAUCGUAGAGAGAGCGAUGUUACGAGCGUGUACCACCGACUUAGACGACGCCGUUUUUGGCGAUGGGAAGAGCGAUGAUGACGGUGGUAUAUCUGUCGGUGGAAUUGAUCUCACACCGUCGUCUUUACCGGAAGCAGAAAUUGUUACAGAUUUGAAGAAUGAGAAGAAAAGGAAGGAGAAGAAGAAAAAGAGCAGGAAAUUUGAAACGGAAGAGGAAGCUGAACCUGGGAAGGCAGGGGGAAGAAACAAGACUGAAAAAUUGAAUGUUGAUGCUGGGAAGGAAGAAGAGAAAGCAGAGACGGGCAAAACUUUAGAGAUUGAUAAAUUGAUGGAAAAAAAUGCUGUUGAGAUAUCUGACAACACUGUGCUACGGAAGCUUCUUCGGGGACCAAGAUAUUUUGAUCCUCCAGGAAACAGUUGGGGAACUUGCUAUAAUUGUGGUGAAGAAGGUCAUACAUUUGUAAGCUGUACUUUGGCUAAGCGGAAGAAGCCGUGCUUUCUUUGCGGGAGUUUGGAGCACCAUGCCAAGCAAUGCAAGAAGGGACAAGAUUGCUUUAUAUGCAAAAAAGGAGGUCACCGUGCAAAAGACUGCCCAGAUAAAUACAAAGUGGGAUCACAGAGUUCUAAGAUAUGUUUAAAAUGUGGAGAUUCUGGGCAUGAUAUGUUUUCAUGCGAGAAUGAUUAUUCCCUUGAUGAUCUAAAGGAAAUACAAUGUUACAUUUGCAAGAGUGUUGGCCAUCUUAGUUGCGCUAAAUUUAUCGAUACUAGUCCAAGAGAAGCUUCUUGUUAUCGAUGUGGUCAACUGGGCCAUACUGGUUUGGGAUGUGCAAGGUCAUACGGGGAGACAGCUGGUGCUGGGUCACCCAGUUCAUGCUACAAGUGUGGUGAAGGUGGCCAUUUUGCACGUGAAUGCACAAGUUCAGCCAAGGGAUGUGCAAGGUCAUACGGGGAGACAGCUGGUGCUGGGACACCCAGUUCAUGCUACAAGUGUGGUGAAGAAGGUCAUUUUGCACGUGAAUGCACAAAUUCAGCCAAGCGUAAGAGGAAUAUUGAAUUAUCAACCCCCAGUGGGAGAUCUUAUAAAGGAAAUGGAGAAUAUGCAGGAGUCAAGUCUGUACAGGGAUAUGCAAGGUUAUAUGGGGAGACAGCUGGUGCCGGAUCAUCCUCACCCAAUUCAUGCUACAAAUGUGGUGGAGGCGGCCAUUUUGCACGUGAAUGUACAAGUUCAGCCAAGGUUCGUAAAAGGAAUAUUGAAUUAUCAACCACCAAUGGAAGAUUUUCUAAAGAGAAUGGAGUAAAUGUAGGAGUCAGGUCAGUACCUCAUGAUCUUGGUAAGGCUGGUAGAAAGAAGAAAUCAAAACAUGAAGAGGAAUAUUCGUCGCCGUCUAGACAGAGGGGUGGUUGGAUUACUGAAGAUCCUGGAGAUUUUCCCCGUAGUAAAGCCAGAGUGAAUGGAUGGAGAUCUCCAAACACACCAACUCAUACUUGGAAUCAGAUUCCUAAUCUAAACGCUGAUGGUCAUGCUCAAAGUUCUUAUUCUUUUAAAAAAAGUCUAAAGCUUCAUUUCGGAUCUCCAGCUUCAAAUGUAGCUGCCAAUGUUUAUCAGCACAGAUUUUCAGCCUCAAGGUUUGGCAACUCUAGUAGUGAUGGGACGAGGAGAAAUUAUGGUUGGUAGCAGGAGCCUUGUUUUCUCUUUGUAUUAUUUAAGGUCAUCAGAAGGCAAGAACAUCAGAAAGAAAUAGAUGCAUAGAUUCUCCGUAUGGGUCACAUCACAUCUUAACCUUAUUCGGAGCUGAUCUGCUAUAGCCUGUCGGUUGUCUGGGCAGUGAGAAGGGCAAGGUUUUCUGCAUUUCCUCAAAAUUUGUUCUCGUUGUUUGUUAUACGUAGCUGGUAGUGAAACCCUGUACUUUGGGUACGAUCAUCCCCCAAUAUUUUCGAGCUCUGUUCACUAGAAGUUCUUGCUUAUUUCUAAGUUUCAUUUUUUAUUAGUUAUUAUUUGUUCUAUAAAUUCAGCUGCCUUGGAAAGCCUUAAUUAUUUAUUGAGAAGCAGAUUUGCUUGUUUCCUGAAA